GGCCGCGGCCAUGGACAAGAUCCUGGAGGCGGUGGUGACGUCGUCGUACCCGGCCAGCGUGAAGCAGGGGCUGGUGCGGCGCGUGCUGGAGGCGGCGGCGCGGCAGCCGCUGGAGCGCGAGCAGUGCCUGGCGCUGCUGGCGCUGGGCGCGCGCCUCUACGUGGGCGGCGCGGACGAGCUGCGGCGCCGCGUGGGCUGCCAGCUGCUGCACGUGGCGGGCCGCCACCACCCGGCCGCCUUCGCCGAGUUCUUCUGCGCGCGCCGCGUGCUGCGCCUGCUGCAGGCCGGCCCGGGGCCCCCCGGCGCGCGCGCGCUGGCCUGCGUGCAGCUGGGCCUGCAGCUGCUGCCCCCCGGGCCCGCGGCCGCCGAGCUGGCCGCGCUGCUGCAGCGCGAGGUGCUGCGCGCCGCGGGCGAGCGCCCGGGCCCGGCCGCGUGCGCGCAGCUGGCGCGGCUGCUGGCGCGGCACCCGCAGUGCCUGCCCGACGGCCCGCAGCGCCUGCUCCUGUGCCGCCAGCUGGUGCGCUGCCUCGGCGCCUUCCGCUGCCCGGCCGAGGGCGACGCGGGCGCCGUGCAGUUCCUGGAGCAGGCGCAGCAGGUGAGCGCGCUCCUGGCGCAGCUGUGGCGCUCGCAGCCCGCCGCCGUCCUGCCCUGCCUCCGGGAGCUGUUCGCCGUCAUCUCGGCCGCAGACGAGGAGCCCCCGUCCAGCGCCCUGGCCAGUGUGGUCCAGCACCUGCCCCUGGAGCUCAUGGACAGUGUCGUGCGCAACCUCAGCAACGACGACAGCGUGACCGACUCCCAGAUGCUGACGGCCAUCGGCAGGAUGAUUGACUGGGUGUCCUGGCCCCUGGGGAAGAACAUUGACAAGUGGAUCAUCGCGCUGCUCAAGGGCCUGGCUUCCGUGAAGAAGUUCAGCAUCCUGAUCGAGGUGUCACUGGCCAAAAUCGAGAAGGUUUUCUCCAAGCUCUUGUACCCGAUCGUCCGGGGAGCCGCCUUGUCUGUCCUCAAGUACAUGCUCCUGACCUUCCAGCACUCCCAUGAGGCCUUCCACUUGCUGCUCCCGCACCUGCCCGCCAUGGUGGCCUCUCUGCUGAAGGAAGGCUCCGCCUCGGGGAGCAGCUGCCUGGAGCAGCUGGCCGAGCUGGUACACUGCAUGGUGUUCCGCUUUCCUGGCUUCCCGGACCUGUACGCGCCCGUCAUGGAGGCCAUCAAGGACCUCCAUAUUCCCAGCGAGGAGCGCAUCAAACAGCUUCUGGGACAGGACGCCUGGACCUCACAGAAGAGCGAGCUGGCCGGCUUCUAUCCCCGACUCAUGGCCAAGUCAGACACGGGCAAGACCGGCCUCAUCAACCUGGGCAAUACCUGCUUCGUGAACAGCGUCCUGCAGGCCUUGUUCAUGGCUUCCGACUUCCGCCACUGUGUGCUCCGCUUGACUGAGAACAACUCGCAGCCACUGAUGACUAAACUGCAGUGGCUCUUUGCCUUCCUGGAGCACAGCCAGCGGCCAGCCAUUUCUCCAGAGAAUUUCCUCUCUGCGUCCUGGACCCCCUGGUUCAGCCCUGGGACCCAGCAGGACUGCUCUGAGUACCUCAAGUACCUGCUGGAUCGGCUGCACGAGGAGGAGAAGACGGGAGCCAGGAUCUGCCAGAAGCUCAAGCAGUGCAGCUCCCCGGGCGCGCCGGAGGAGCCCCCGCUCCCCGCUCCCACGUCGGUGGAGAGGAUGUUUGGGGGCAAGAUCGUGACAAGGAUCCGUUGCCUGCGAUGCCUCAACGUCUCCUCCCGGGAGGAGGACUUCACGGACCUGUCUCUCGCCUUCCCCCCGCCGGAGCGCGGCCCGCGCCGCCGCCGCCUGGGCUCCGCCGUGCUCCCUGCGCCCGACGUCGGGGUCCAGAACCUUCCGGCGGCAGCGCCAAGGCAGCGGAAACACUGCAUCACCGGAGACGCGCCCCCCAGCCUCCUGGACCUUCAAGGCCUGGGCCGGGGGGAUCCCGGGGGGCAGAGCCGCGGCUGCGAGAGGGAGGCAGGGGAGGAGCCCGCGGAGGGGCGGGAGGAGGGGGAGGAGCAGGAGAAACAGGAGCAGGAGGAGGAGGAGGAGGAGGAGGAAGAAGAGAAGGAGGAGGAGGAGCAGGAGAAGGAGCAGAAGGAGAAGCAGAAGGGGGAAGAGAAGCAGGAGGAGGAAGAGGAGAAGGAGAAGGAGGAGCAGACGCAGGAGAAGGAGGUGCAGGAGGAGAAGGAGGCCGCGCGGGGAGAGCCGGGGGAGGCGCGCGCCGAGCCCGCGCCCCCCGCGCCCCCCGCGCCCCCCGCGGCCCCCGACGGCCCCCGCUCCGUGCUGGACCUGCUCAACUACUUCCUGUGCCCCGAGCGGCUGACGGCCGAGAACCGCUACUUCUGCGAGCCGUGCGCGUCGCUGCAGGACGCCGAGCGCGCCGUGGAGCUGAGCCGCGGGCCGCGCUACCUGGUCCUCACGCUGCUGCGCUUCGCCUUCGACCCGCGCACGCGGCGGCGCCGCAAGAUCCUGGACGACGUGGCCCUGCCGCUGCUGCUGCGCCUGCCGCUGGCCGGGGGCAGCGCGCGCGCCUACGACCUGUGCGCCGUGGUGGUGCACUCGGGGCUGUCCUCGGAGAGCGGCCACUACUACUGCUACGCGCGCGACGGCGCGCCGCGGCCCGCGCCCCAGUGGUUCCUCUUCAACGACACGCGCGUGUCCUUCUCCUCCUUCGAGUCGGUCAGCAACGUCACCUCCUUCUUCCCCAAGGACACGGCCUACGUGCUCCUGUACCGCCAGCGGCCCCCCGACGACGGCCACGGCCACGGCCACGGCGACGGCGACGGUGAUGCCGAGCCCGGCGCGCCCAGGUCCCGUGCCGAGCCCGCGCUGCACCGGGACCUGAUGGAGGCCAUCUCCCGAGACAACGCCCUGUACCUGCAGGAGCAGGAGCAGGAGGCGCGCAGCCGCGCGGCCCACAUCACCGCGCCGCCCUCCCCGCCGCCCUGGGGCCGGGGCUCCGACGAGGACGAGGAUGAAGACGAGGGACCCCCGGGGGGCUGCAACCCCGCGGGAGGCGGCGGCAGCGGAGACUUCCACAGACUGGUCUUCUAGGGGGACCGCGUGUGCCCAGACGCCCACACCCACCAGGCCUAUCGACUC